GAGCCAUCCGUCUGCACAUCGCUUCGGUGACUUCAACUUCAGUUUGCGCCGCGUUUAUGAUUACCUCGCUCUGUUGCAAGUUUCGAAAGUGCUGAAAGCUGUCACCCCUUCUACAAGGGCGGAACAAACGCUUCGUAUAAGACCAACCCUUCUCGUGCAAUGCGCCCGGCUGACUUGACGUCCGCGGCAGGUCCGACGUGAUCUCAGCUGAGCCACGACUCGCAGUAUUGGAGGGUCCACCAUGUUUGCCGGCCAGCCCAAGGCUGCGACCAAGGAGCAGUUCCUGGAGCAGGCCAAGGCAGCCCGUAUUGAGCGGGCUCAGGAGCGCCGGCGCGACCAGGCAGCAUCUGUUAUCCAGGCAGUCAUCAGAGGUUUCCUUCUUCGGCAGCGGCUUCGAAAGGAGUUUCGGCAGGAAUUCGACUCAGUCCUCCGAGAUGGCGAUGGGGAAGAUGCCAAUACGCCUGUUGCCACCUCAGCCCUGGAUGUAUUCUAUGCUUCCAGAAAGUUUCUGUUUGCAUUCCACCCCAAGCUCGACAAGGAGCGGUUUGAAAGGUUAUGCUGGUACAUCAUUGCCAGCAUGGAUGCAGAGACAUUACAGGAGAGCUACGUGUCGGUAGCCUUGAACAAGGAUUACACAGUGCUGUGGAUCCAGCAACUUAAGGGCAUCCUAGGCAACUGCUGUGGCUACCUCAAGGAGGUUCGGCCGGAGUGCCCCCAAGAUGCCAAGUCUUUGAUGUUGCAUCUGCAUGUGCUCGUCACCUUCACAAGCACAUCAUCCUGGAAAGUGCUCAAGGACAAGACAUACGAGCCCCUGAGGCCUGUAUUAAGCCAGCUGUGUGCCAGUGUGGGCUCCCACCUGAUGGGCAAGGGCAGCCUGUACGGAGCCCUGCAGGCUCUGCUGCUCAGAGGCCUGGCCAGAGCCAAGCCCAGCCUCAAGAGGGCGCCAUUGGUGGCCACCAUCAAUCUGACACUCAGGCCGCUACUAAUAGGGCAGUUCUCGGAAGAUCUGAUGAACCUGUUCCUGUUGCACAUACUCUCGGUGCCUGCACUUGUUCACCACUUGCUGAGCAUAGCACCCGAGGCGGUGACACUGUUGAAUUCGCACGGCCUGUUCCGCCGUAGCCUGGACAUCUUGGUGGUGGAGCAAAACAUGCGCAUCCUCUUCAACGCCCUCGAGGGGAACUACGCCUUGUGCCUGUUGGCCAAUCUCGUGCACCUUGCCUACCUCAACAUCGAGAACCUGAAUUCAAGGCUGCUCGAUUUUGUGCAUGUGUCUACCAAACUGCUGGAAAGUUGCCAGAAGUACGUGGUGAACAAGCGCUCGAACCUGACCCACUGGCACCCCAUCCUGGGAUGGUUUGCCCAGAGCAUCGACCAUGGCCUACACGAGUCCCUAACCUUUGUCAAGCAGCAGCUGCAACUGCUGUGGUGUGGCCCCCUGGUCAAGGUCCUGUUCAGCCCGCUGGCAGAGCUGCUGGCACAGAACGACAAUUCCAAUUCCUCCUCGAGCGAAGCACCAACGUCGCAGAGUCCACAGCCCGAUGUGCCCACUGGUGUCCUCAGCUCUCCUGCAAGCGCCAGCCUGCUGAAAAAAGCCCUGGAGCGGGCGUCAUCUGGUCGGACAUGCAGUGUGCAAUACCGACGGCUGGGAAGCCCCGAGGUCACUGCGGUGGCCCUAACCUGCGCCCUCUUUGAGACUGCCCUGGCCGGUCUCACUCAACUACGCUUGGACAUUCUGACUGGGCUCUGCCACCACGAGUGGGUGCUGUGCCAGCUGUGGCAGCUCAUCCGCAGUGUUGGAUCGGCGAGCGGUGUGCGUGCCUUCCUUGACCUGCUCGCAUUCACUACCAAGCCCACUGGGCCCGAGUUCCGGCUGCUCGUCCUCUUUUGCGACUGUGCCACCCACCUUGUCACUAUCCUGGAUGACCUGGAGUUAUAUGAGCAGCAGCGACCUUUCACCCUGGAUGACCUGGUGGCCAUCUCAACAUUCCUCAACACCUUUGUCUUCCGCCUUGUCUGGAAUGGACUCAUUGAUUUGAAGACGGUGAAUACCAACCAGCUGUUCUGCUCAUGUCACACGUUACUGAUGUUGCUGUACAAACGGGACUGUCGGCGCAGUUACACUCCGCCGGACCACUGGCUCAUCAAGGACGUCAAGGUGAGCACGUUCAUGAGUGACCUCGAGAAGGGCAAGAAGGCAGCGCAGGUCCUGCUGCAGAAGGUGCCCCACAUCAUUCCGCACAAGAGGGUGGUCCUAUUCCGAAAAUACGUGACCAACGAGAAGACUGUGCUGGGCCUGACCGAGUCUGCGUGUGCGCUUUCCCAGUCCACGCUCAUCACCGUGCACAGGACACGCAUUGUUGAGGAUGGUUAUCAGCAGUUGGCCAUGUUGCCCACGCAAGGUCUCAAAGGUGUCAUCAGGGUGCGCUUCAUCAAUGAACAGGGACUAGAUGAAGCAGGCAUUGACCAGGAUGGUGUCUUCAAAGAGUUUCUGGAGGAGACGAUCAAGAGGGUCUUUGACCCUUCCCUCAAUCUGUUCCGGGCCACCUCCGAGCAGCGGCUGUACCCAUCGCCAACCUCUUACAUUCACGAAAAUCACUUGUCCUUAUUCGAGUUCGUGGGCAAGAUGCUUGGGAAGGCCGUUUACGAGGGCAUAGUGGUGGAUGUGCCGUUUGCGUCCUUCUUCCUGAGCCAACUGCUAGGUCACCAGCACAGUGCCCUAUACAGCUCCAUCGACGAGCUGCCCUCUCUAGAUGCUGAUCUCUACAGGAGCCUAACCUGUGUCAAGCACUAUGAAGGGGACGUGCAGGACCUUGACCUGACCUUCUCUCUGAAUGAGGACUGCAUGGGCAAGUUGGUCACUCACGAGCUGGUGCCAGGCGGCAAGGCCAUACCGGUCACGAAUGAAAACAAGAUCAGCUACAUGCACCUGAUGGCCCACUUCCGAAUGCACUCCCAGAUCCAGGAGCAGACAGCAGCUUUUCUGCGUGGCUUCCGGGCCCUCGUGAAUCCCGAGUGGCUCACAAUGUUCUCGACGCCCGAGCUGCAGCGGCUCAUAGCAGGCGACAACACUCCCGUCGACCUGCAGGAUCUCAGGAGGCACACCAAGUACUUUGGGGGCUUCCAUAACAACCACCGGCUGGUAAACUGGCUAUGGGACAUUCUUGAGCGUGACUUCACAUCUGAAGAACAUCACCUGUUUCUGAAGUUUGUGACAAGCUGCUCGAAGCCUCCCCUUUUGGGCUUUGCCCACUUGGAGCCACCGUUCUCCAUUCGAUGCGUCGAGGUCAGCGACGAUCAGGACACUGGUGACACCAUUGGAAGCGUGAUCCGAGGCUUCUUCACUAUUCGUAAGAAGACCCUGUCAACCGACUACCGACAUCCUCAACCUGCUUCAACCUGCUCAAGCUGCCCAACUACCAGCGCAAGAGCACACUUCGGGACAAGCUUCGCUACGCCAUCACUAGCAACACGGGCUUCGAGCUCUCCUGAGAAGCCCUCUUCGGCACACCCCUGCUUGAGUUUCUUGGUACGCACUGUAGGCCAUCCACCAGGUCUGUUUAUUCGAGGCACUUCGAUCGGAGCAGCACCCCGCUCGUCCUGCAAUGUUGACAACACCCAUAUGUUAUAGGGCAAGAUGUUAGCCUUCAGCACGCUGUUGCGGAAUGUGCUUUGUUUUGACUCCUUUAAAGGUGCGUUGCCAUAACCUGAGCCCUUUAAGGACGAUGAAACCAUAUCCGUUUUUGGUGCUCUAAGGGCGCAACUAGUCUUCCAUGACAAGUGAUCCACUAAAAUGACCUUUUCAUUAUUUGGCGGCUUGUUUUAAUUUAUGACGUGGCUAACUGCCUUUGAACUGAGCAGAUAUAAAGCCUCUCGCCUGCCUGAAGCUAUUUUGUUUUGGGCCUAUGUGAAAUGAGGUAUGAAUUCGACCAUUUACGCUGCACUGAAGAGAGCUGAUUGUUUUCUUUAUCCAGCGUCUUUUUUUUUUUUUCUUCUUCUCCUGACCACGAGUUUCUCUCUUCACCAAGGCAUGUGUUUCCUUGUAUUCCUUCUGUUAAAUCUCGUGAAUGUUUUACCUUCUUUUACAGCUGACUUGGUCAUUCGAUUAUUGCAUUGAAUGUGACCGUGCACUUUUUGCAUAUGCUUCCUUCCUCUUUUUUCCCACUCCAUACUUCGGGUUGGCUAAGGUUGGACCAGCAGUGAUGCCAAUCUUGUCGCUUCGAUGCUAAGAGAUAAACGUGCCCUCAUAGCUUACUUGAUUUAGAUGGAGGCAAGGAGCAAUAUAUUUAAAUAUCUAUUUCCUAAGCCUGGCAACUGUGCUGUGAAGAAGCAUCUAAAGCAAUAGAGCAAAUUGGUCUGUAUUCUGGCUUAAAGUGCACUUCGCAUGUAGGGGAAUUCAGAUAGCAUCAUUUUCUAGUCGACCACGUCGCCUCUGCCUUCACUCUAUUUUCUCUUGCACAUGGCAUCCUACACGAAAUGCGCCUGUUGAGUUUGAACGCAUCAACUGUGGGUCAUUAACCAAUUUUAAGUGAAAAAUGAAAAAACGAAGCAGUUUCUGUUUGUCGACCGAGUACAGAGCUCUACUGUUAUAUUUAGCUCCAAGAAAAUGAUCAGGGCUUUCAUUGGAACAGCACUCACUUACAAUUUUAAAAAGUGCUAAUGACCAUUGUACAAUGUAACGCAUGUAAUGAGCUUUAUUUAUUGCUUAAAGAAUGCACGAAUAACUGUAUUGUCAUCAUGUGGAUUUGCUUUGCUUAUGUUUCCGGUGUUUUGUUUCCUUGGAAGUUAAGAAACGUGGCGUCAGGCAUAGCAAACAAGUAGUUGUUACAUAUUCCAGUAGGGUUUCUUUAUCUUUGUAUAAUUAAUUUCUUAUUACUAGAAAUGCACCCAUCUUUUAUUUUUUCCUGUUAUCACAUUGCUUUAAGGCCCAUUAUGUGGGAUCAGCACAGAGGUGCUAGGAGUAAGCGAUGUCGGAGACAUAGUGGUGGCAACGUAUUACAAUUUUUUUUGGCCUGUGCCCUGUGCAGAAAGCGGAGCCUUCAAGGUUAACUUUGGUUACUUGGAGAAAGCAGUCUUUAAUGGCUGGAUUUGGGCAAUAUGCCGUGGCAAUCAGUUUUAGACAAACAUAGUACUAAUAUAAUUAUUACGCAUUAGUAUUAAGGCACUGCAGAUGUGAGAGCAGCGCACUAAACGACUUGGAAGGCUCUCCUGCUUGUUCGCUGCUGAUGGUAUAUCAGAAUUAAGUAGACAAGUCUGCCGAAGUAAACAUUUCACGUCUCUUUAUUUGGCAUACUAAGAAAUGGAUGGAGCCGCUUUCUACAAUACUUCUAGUUCAAGUUUUGAGCCUUAGUUUUUCAUAUACUACAGUGAAAUCUCGGUAUAACGAACUUCAAGCGGUCGCGGCAAUUUGUUUGUUAUUUUGAAAGGUCGUUAUAGUGAAAGUUCAAAGAUUAAUUAUAAAUAGUUCAUUUCCACUGACCAAAAUGACUUACCUUUACAAAGUGAACACUAAAAAAUGCAUGUUUACUUUUUUUUUCUUUACGCGUGCAACACAAACUUUGCAGCGCGAAGGCCUCCAGCUCAUCCACAUUCCUGUAGCGCGAUUUGGUUUUUUGGUCACAACAGCCUGCUUUUUGCCUUCCAGUUGCUGAAGAACAUCCACUUUCUCGCUUAGUGAAAACUGCUUCCGCUUCUUGUCGCAAGCAGAGAUGAACUCACUUGUAGUAGCACCACAACACGAACGCCUACUUGCUUUGCAGACGCGAUAAGUAAUCACCGAAAAGAAAUGGACACAACUGACAAACAAGGCCUCCUAGAGUACAUGUAGAAGUGACCAUGAAAGAAAAACCCGAAGCGUCGCUCGCGGCUGUCGUCGCCUCUUCCGAAGAAAAAAAAAAAGUGUUAAAAAAGAAAAUUCCUUACCUUUCGUUUUCUGCUCCCUCGCUGUCUCAGGUUUUCCGCGCCCAUGCUUCCUGCUCUGCAACUCCCACUCUGCCUCGCUGACCUUGCCCUCUCUUGUUGCCCUCGCCCCUUUCUCUGCGCUUGUAAACCUGCAGCGUCGGUGUUUCAACAAAAUAAAGAAAAAAAAGUCGGCCUUUCGUUUUUUUCCUCUCCGCAUCGUCACGCGUCUUCCGAGAAUCAAGGCGUCCGUUCGCUUUGUCAUCUGUUUGUGUAGCGCUUCGGUGUUCGCGACAGAUUUCAGAAUAUGAGUUUGUAGUAAUGAGGUGUUGUUAAUAUAACACGGAACUAAAUUAACGCUCAUUAUUCUGAAAAGCUCGGUAUUCUGAGGUACGUAGUAGUGAAAUAAUUUUACAUUGAAACUGUUAGCAGUCGGUGCGAGAUUUUUAAAAGUUCGUUAAUCUGAAAAGUUCUUUAUUGUGGAGUUCAUUCUACCGAGAUUUUACUGUACUGCAAAAUCUGAGCAAAGGUAACUGCAGGCUUUGUUCAUCUGAGGUGUAAUGGUGGAAGCGUUCCAAUGGCAUGUUUUUUUAAAUUUCAACAGAAGUCUGCCAAUCAAGUACAUCGAAUUCUUGCAGUUCGUUCAGAAAACUAUUCACUCUUUCUCAGUUAUGGCGCGAUAAAUUUCAAUUUAUGCUGAUGCAACACUGGAGAUUAUGUUCCAUGUUUAUGAAAUGCAAAGUAGAAAUUAAAGUGGCGGGGUUUUAUGUGGCCAAAGUACAGCAUGAUUACAAGGCAUAAGCUGGUGGAGGACUCAGCAUUAAAAUUCCGACCAGCAGGGCUUUUUUAACGCACACCCAAGUCUUAGUAUGCAGGCGCUCUUGCAUUUCAGUGCCUCGAAAUUCUUGUGCCAUAGCUGGCAACCAAAACUUCGCCUUCAAGCUCAACAGCGCAUCAACUUGGCUGCUAUGUUAACACGGCAGGUCUUUGUGAAUUGUGAAGCGCGUUUAUGCACCAUUCAAUUUUGAAUCAUUCCAGUUGUUCUUAGCGUACAGGUGUUUGUUAUCUGGCAUUUAGGCUACAGUUCAGUGAUACGUAUAUAGCGUAAUGGACAGUUAAGCGGACGACAGACAUCUGAAGUCUCAUACUGAUUCUCGUGCAGCUGGCAAAAGUAAGCGUUUUUAUCGGUUAAAGUACAGACGACACAUUAAUUCAGGCUAAAUAAUGACAGGAAAAGUAAACAAACAAUUUUCAAGAGAGAACAGCUAGGAGUGUGCUAGUAUUCAAACUUCCGAAAUAGUCUUUGAAUGGUGUUGUCCAUUCGAUUCAAUUUGCACCGCGAUUUUUCUAUUCAAACUGUUCGAACUUUUUGGAUGAUAAAUGUAACAAUUAUAUUGACUGAAAAUUGGUGUACAGCAUGCGUGGUCGUGCAUUGCAAAACUGUUGGCUACAUCGGUGCCCUGAGCACUUGCUGUGCAACAAACUUGGCCAAGGUGUCUAUUGCCAAUGCAUAUAAUGCUCAUCCACAGUUCCGAGGAGCGAGCGGGCAAUGCAGUUUGUUGCUUGCGACGAGGCACAUUGCAGCUUAUUUGCUUUCGCAUGCCUUCUAGUGUGAUGUCCUUGUUCAAAAAGUGCGGAUUCGUCUCUGACAACGGUGCCGCGAGCGAAGUUAAGCCUAGGCAUGACUCCGUCAUUAUGUUGUUUUGCACUAAGUAAACUUUUCGAGGAAACUGUUGGCACUGUAGAAAAUGGGCAAGGCAUUGUGACUGUGCUUGCUUGCACACAGGACACUGUUAGAGACGUCACAUUUGGCAAAAUUAGCACCGUGACUGUGACCUAGAGGUUUAUCAGGCUACGAUUCUAAAGGCUCAUGCUUAUAAUAUUACUGCUGCAAUAUUUUCAACAUUUUUAUUUAUGUUAAUUUAUGUUUAUUUUAUUGUAUAUAUGCACUGCACUGACAUAACUUGCAUGUUGUGUGCUUGAGAUUACUAGCAGUUUUACGAUGUUGUGUGUGUUUGUGUGGUUUUUGUGAGUGAGUGUGUAAGUGAAAGGUUUGUUUGGGGAUAUCACCAGGCCUUUUGAAUCGAUUGCACAAGUGAAAGAUGCAUACAUCAUCUCAUUAUCUUUGUGUGGCCUAAGGAAAGGAGUUGGAAGUUUAAGGUCUUGCUCUUCUUUGUUAGGCACAAUAUUGAUAACUGACAGACCACGAUGCCAAGGAAAGUAUUUGGAAUGUGAUUAGAAGUAAUUGCAAUGUAAAUGUGAAGAAAAAAACGUUGUCCAACAGAAAACUUGCUGCUGGAAGCAACUGAACCUCUGACCUUCAGAUCUUAUCGUUUCAACGAGAAACACCGACUUUGGCUUAUUUGUCAUUAUCACUGUUGUGAACCCAGACAAACUUCGCACCUGGGUUGAAAAGCUUUGCUUUGGAUUUAUCUUCCUUGGUGAAGCCUCAGCAUUAGCGUCUUUUAGCACUGACAACUUCUUGUAAUGGUCCUUUAUGAAGCACAGUAGCUUUCACGUUGGUGCACAAUCCUUCGUAAGCCCUACCAUACAUGCUAUGUCUGCAAGGUGCUUGCAUUAACAGAAAACUAAGCUUGAAAUGACAGAGCUAAGUAAUUUGGUAUAGGGUCGCAAUUUCGAAAAAACAUAUUUCAAAGACGCAUGAACGACAAUCCUAGUUUGAAUUAGAUCCUUCAUGUUGUACCAGACAUGAAAAUAAAGAUUCAAUUCAAUUCAAUUCAAUUCAAUUUACUUAAGCAAAACCACAAAAAAUAACGCAUGCACCACUUGAAGAGUGCUGACUUGUAUCUAUCAGUGUCCCACCUCUUAUACUUUCAAAAUCUGUGGCAGCUGCAUCUUCAAUGAAGGAAAAACUGUUCGAGGCCGGUGUACUUAGAUUUAAAAAUUUUGACCAAGUGGUCGAAAUUCUCAGUCUUCCACUACGGUGUCUCUCAUAACCAUAUCGUGCUUUUGGGACAUUAAUCCCCAGAUAUUAUAUCAUUUUGUUUCCAAAUUAAGUUUGACCACAUUUCAUGAAACACCUCUUACAUGCGACUUUUUUGUCCAAAUGGGCUGAAAGUUAAGAAUUAGUUGUCUUAAAGCGCCAAAAUCGGGACUUUUUAAUUUUUUUAGAUGAAGUUAAUGUCAGUCAUGCAGAGUUUAGAAUACAAGCUUAAAAAGGUAGGAAAGGCUCUAACACAGUCAAUCAAAGUGUGGCUACCAAUUUUUUUACCACCAGUAAAUAAAUAGUCCCGCACAUGCUGCCGGGCACAUUUUUCUACAGUGGAUUUAUCAGUCAUAAGACUCACAAUGGCAGUCUAGUGGACGCAGCUGUUGGUGCAUACACUACGAAAUGCCACCACCUUUUGAAGAACUAAUGUGGUACCACAUUUACCUUGCUUAGUGUGGAAGCCAGAGUGAUGCCAGUCGCAUCAGGGCACUCGCAUUAAUCUAUACCACACUUGGCUCAACUACUGCGAAAACUUCUUGAUGUUACUCAUAUGCAGCUCACCGGUUGGCAUGCAUUGCCCAAUGCCGUGUUCAGAGUCAUUAGGUAACAAUCAAACUCGAGGCUUCCUUGUCCCUCCUAAACAACUUGUGGUGCUUAGUUGCUCGGUUACUUGUACAAGCCUUGCUUUCCAUUGCGUCAUUCGCUUUCUUCUUGCAGACUGCCAAGUUUAUGUUGGCAUUAUGGUGUUAACGGUGUUUAUAUUAUUAAUGUGGGCAAAAAUCUGCAAAGCGCUCGACACUCGUAGUCAAUAUUCAAGCUGGAUUCGCAAAAAUACCAAGUAUCUUGCUACUGAUGUACUUUGUCACAAGUCUUCCCUGCGUAAAGCUUGUGCAAGUGCUGCAGUUUCGCCUGCUGUUACGUUGUUCCUCAAUGGCGCUGCUUUGUUUAUGUGCAAAUUGUGUGCAUACAACAUGCUCUUUGCUCUUUCAUGUGUGUGUCACGAAACUGCUUGUUAUUGCUUCAAUGGAUCCUACUGGAAUUUGGUCCUUGAGGAUUGGUACAGCAAAAUCAUGAGCUAUUAGCAUGUCAAGAGCGUUGACAUACUAUUUAUACAUACCUCUGGUACUAGAACUCGUAGCUGCGUAAUUGCACGUUUUGCCUUGUCCUAUGCACUUGAAAGAGGCUGUGUAUACUGUAAGUUUACUGUACCAAGUUUUAUUGAGAAUGCUUGCACCGAACAUAAACUGAAGUGAAGCGCGCAUUUUAUGUAUAAAUAUUCUACCCCUUACUGGUGCAGUUAUCAUUCUUUUGCUUCAUGCUUCAUAUGCAGAACUGCAUCAAAAGAUCUUGAAAGCAAUGUAAUGUACGAUGAUGGGCUUGCACUGCUUUCUUUUUGCAUUGUAGAUAAGUGACUUGCUUCAAAAGAAGCUUGUAUGUACUGUAGAAACUUUUGCUGGCUUUCUGACCUUGUGUAAAGCAGUAUUUAUGUCUGUGCUUUUUAUAAAACUUGUGAUUUCUCAACUGUACAUAUGGCCCACUGUAAUUUGCACUCAGCAUUGUUUUGGGCUGUCGUUGCACUUGUUUGCAUGUAGCUUUAUUUUUGCAUCCAUGUUACUGCUGAGGAUGUUAGCUGGGGUGAAAGUCAAACAUAUCAGCCGGCCCAAAAAAGUUAUGGUGUAGUUUGUCUGUAGUUUCAAAGCUUUCGUACUGUACAGCUGUAAAUAAAAGCAAUAUUUACUUUCGCCGACUUACAA